UGGAUCUGGGAUCCUGAACACACUCUCAUCAUACUCAGUGACAGCAACCACAGCCAGCACCCUUACAGACAGCACCCUGACAGCCAGCAGCAGCACAGAGAGGAAGAGCCCAACCAUGAGCAGCCAGUAUCAUGAGGAAGCAAGUGAGAGGCCGGAGUGCAAGAGCAAAUCCCCCACCCUGCUCUCCUCAUACUGCAUAGACAGCAUCCUGGGCAGGAGGAGCCCCUGCAAGAUGAGGCUGCUGGGCACCCAGAGCCUGCCACCACUCACUGCCAGGACUGACCAGGAGAAAAGUUUGGAAGGUUCUCCAAAGAACAACUCUAGUUUUGAUGCUGAGCUGCAUCUACCUCCUAAACUGAGAAGGUUAUAUGGUCCGGUGGGGGCAGCUGGGAGGCUGCAUAUUCAGACUCUGCCUGAUGCCAGGUCAGCAGUGCCCAGGUCGGAUAAGCCUGAUCGGCUGCUACUACUUGGGAGUGCAGGGGAAAGCAGCUGGGAGAACCACAGCCUGAAGAUCAGCCAGGCCCCACAGGUCAGCAUCAGCCGGAGCAAGUCCUAUAGAGAAAAUAGCGCCCCCCUGCUGCGAGAAGACCAGAGCAGUCCUGAUGGUCUACAGCAGCCACUCCAGACCGGUGCCUCUCUGCAGGACAGACUGGGAGUAAUAUCCCAAAAUCCAACAGAGGAGGAAGAGGAAGAUGAGGAAGACGAGGAUGAUGAAGAAGAUGAGGAUGAAGAAGAUGAACCAGACAAGCAGCACAGCAGUAAUAACACCAGCAACAAUCCUAACAGAGGACUCCUGAAGGAGCAGCACCCACAAUUCCAACAACAGCAGCAGCAACAACAACAGCAAGCAGGUUGUGGACCUGAUGGAGACAUGUCUCCUAAGGAGGAACUUCUACUUCAUACUUCAGAUGCUGAUGGCAAAGAUGGUGAGGACAGUGUGUGCCUGUCUGCUGGAAGUGAUUCAGAGGAGGGCAUGCUAAAGAGGAAACAGAGGAGGUAUAGAACCACCUUCACCAGCUACCAGCUAGAAGAACUAGAAAGGGCUUUCCAAAAGACCCACUACCCGGAUGUCUUCACAAGAGAGGAGCUAGCCAUGCGCCUGGAUUUGACUGAAGCCAGAGUACAGGUUUGGUUUCAGAACCGAAGAGCCAAAUGGAGGAAGAGGGAGAAGGCGGGCGCCCAGACCCACGCCCCGGGCCUGCCCUUCCCGGGCCCGCUGUCUGCCAGUCACCCGCUGAGCCCAUACCUAGAUGCCAGCCCGUUCCCCCCGCACCACCAUGCCUUGGACUCUGCCUGGACCGCCGCUGCGGCCGCCGCCGCCGCCGCCUUCCCCAGUCUACCUCCCCCGCCCGGCUCCACGUCGUUAUCCCCCGGCGGCACCCCACUAGGACUCAGCACUUUCCUGGGGGCGGCUGUGUUCCGGCACCCGGCCUUCAUCAGCCCCGCAUUCGGCAGGCUCUUCUCCACCAUGGCUCCCCUGACUAGUGCUUCCACUGCCGCCGCUCUUCUCAGACAGCCCAGCCCUGCUGUGGACAGCGCAGUGCCAUCCGGUGGCUUAUCAGACCCAGCCACAGCUGCAGCGGACAGGCGGGCGUCCAGUAUAGCAGCCCUCAGGCUCAAAGCUAAAGAGCAUGCAGCACAGCUAACACAGCUCAACAUCAUCCCCGGGAACAGCACAGGGAAAGAGGUCUGCUAAGCCCGGCCCCCCUCCCCCCCCCAAAAAAAAUAAUAAUAAAAAAAAAAAAAAUCACCAAGCAAGACCAAAUGGAGGGCAAGGAACACAGCCGAGGACCAGAGACUAUAGGACUGUGCUAGAAGAGUCAUGGAGCAUCCUUGUCUCACAGUAAUAAUGAGUGUACUACAUUAUGCAGCUCCAGAGCAGCAACCUUGGUACUGUAUGACGUCACUGUUGAACCCCCCCAGCCCCGCCCCUGCUCUCUGUGACAUCAUAGCAUUGCUGUAGUUAAGCAAAAGAAGAAAAAAAAACAAGCCAGUUUUAUUUCUGUCCUUUUCAGUAUGUUUUUGUUACUUUUUAUUUUAUUUCAAGGACAUUCCCUAACUUCUGUUCGCUACCAGGUAAUUAACCCUGCUUCUGCCAGGAUGCUAUUCAUUAAAGCAGGACUUUCCAUUGAUGCAACCACUCCACUUAGCUGAAUGAUCUAGUCAGUGCACUUACAAGAGAUGUAUAUCUGUAUCGUAUGAUUUUCUUUCGCUUACACCAACCAAGGUUCUUUUUUUUGUUUUUAUACCAAACCAAAGGGAAAUGAACUGUCAGAUUUAUGGACUGUUGAAGUCACUAAACUGUG